GCCCCAUUCUUAAGAAAAAGGGUGGAUUUGAGGAAGGCAGCCAUUUUUCUUAAGAAGAAAAGAAGAAGUUGGGAACAAACAAACAUGGGAAGGCCUCCUUGUUGUGAUGAGAAUGGCCUCAAGAAAGGCCCUUGGACAUCUGAAGAAGAUCAAAAGCUUGUCAAAUACAUCCAAAAACAUGGCCAUGGAAGCUGGAGAGCUCUUCCCAAACUUGCAGGGCUUAACAGAUGUGGGAAGAGUUGCAGGUUAAGAUGGACAAAUUACUUAAGGCCAGAUAUCAAGAGAGGGAAAUUUUCCCAAGAUGAAGAACAAACAAUUCUGAAUCUUCAUGCUGUUCUUGGAAACAAAUGGUCAGCAAUUGCAGGCCACCUACCUGGUCGGACUGACAAUGAAAUCAAGAACUUCUGGAAUACCCAUUUGAAGAAAAAGCUUAUUCAAAUGGGAUUUGACCCCAUGACACACCGGCCUCGAACUGAUAUCUUCUCGAGCUUGCCUCAUCUUAUAGCUCUGGCUAAUUUGAAAGAGCUUGUGGAUCAUCAUUCAUGGGAAGAACAGGCUGUGAGACUACAAGCAGAGGCUAUUCAAAUGGCUAGGGUUCAAUACCUACAAUAUCUUCUCCAACCCCAAGCUUCUAAUGGAGCUACCAACAACAACUUAAACAGUAGUUUCAUGGACAUGGACAGUACUAUUAGUCUUUUGAAUUCACUUUCUUCCAUGAAAGAUAACUUAGCAUUGAGUUCACCUCAUCAAUUGGAUACCCCAACACAAUCUCUUGGAACUUCCACACUUCAAUCGGUCCCUGAUUCAAUCCUUUUCUCUCAUUUGCCCCAGUUGGAAAACCCUUGCACCUAUCAAACACCAUUAAACAAGGACAAUAUGGUUCAAGCAAAUGAGUUUACGGCAUUUAGCCAAGGCGAAAACUCUCCCAAUUCUCCAUGGCUUGCUUCAUCUUCAAGUACUCCAUCUCCAUCCGUGGCUCCACCAGCAGAGACUAAUUCCAUCGAUGCUUGCAGUACUUCAAGCUAUGGAGGAGCCCCUUUUGCUUGGCCUGACCUACUCCUCGAGGACCCUCUAUUCCAUGAGCUUUCUUAGUCUUAGAUGCGUGUGAAAGGUUUGUAGUUGCAUUUGCACCACCACUUUAUACUCUGUGUGUAAUAGUAAUUCUCCUAAGCGUAUUAUACUCUUCGUCGUGUGUAUAAUCUUCGUCAUGAUACGCCAGCUGGUUCUAGUGGUUGAGUAGUAUUGUAAUCUAUGGAUUUG